GAAUAGACAGCAAGACAUUUUGCACACGUGACAAUCCCCCAAUCCACCGGCUUCUUGACAUCAUCGGUUGUUUGUUCCUUCAGCCAUGGAUUUUGUUUGUGGUUAUCAACACGCUUUGUUCUAUCUGCUGUUUCUAAUUCAUUAUUCAAGAGCUCCUUCACUCUAAUAUUUCUGCAUUUCUGUACAGGCAAAUUACAGAUUUAUCUAAUCCCUAGCAACCAACACUCGUCGGGUCUCCUAUCAUGGCUAACUCUCUCCCCAAAUCCUACUUCUCUGACACCGACACGCUCUAUCUCUUUACCUCCCUGACUGCAGGCUCAUCCCACAUAAUCACAGCCACCUCGCGAGUGGAAACAAUCCUAAAAGCCAACAAAAUUCAGUUUCGGGCUGUUGAUGUUGCCACAGAUGAGGAAGCCCGCACAAUGUGGCGUAGGCGGUCAAAGGGGAAAAGCCUGCCCGUGCUGGUGAGGGACGAGAUGGUCGUUGCGGAUUUAAAAGAGAUUGAGGAAUGGAAUGAAUAUGGGGAACUCAAAGAGCAACUGCAGAUUUCGCAGUCUAAAAGUAGCCCCAUACCGUCGGCCACGACUACUGCUUCGUCAAAACCGGAUAUUACUGCCCCCUCAGUCACAGCCGCUGCAACUUCAGUUCCCAGAGAAUCCACUCCCUCACGAAUCCAAAUACAAGAGCCCCCCCCGUCAAGGGAAUCACAUACGGAAGAUCGCAUCACGCUCGCUUUACGACAAGCCGGGGAAGAGGCAGCUUCAAAAGCUAAGGACAACACAAGAACAAACCUAGCCGCCAAAUCGAUCUCAACACAGCCUGAAUCAAAACAGCCGGAAUCACAACAGUCUGAGGCUACGACUGCCCAAGGGCCCUCGGCUGCAUUAGAGCAGGAGAGUCCUAAAACUCCCGAACCUGAAGCGAAGCGGAGCCCGGAAUCCCUGGAGGCACCGAAAAGUGCACCAGAGCAUAUAAAAGAAAUUCGUCAAAGCAUCUCGGCUGACAGACCGUCACUCUCUGGGGUAGCUGCCGAAUCCACUGCUGACUUGAAGGUAAACAGCCCCGAAGGAGUGUCCAUGCCGGUGCAUCAUCGUGGGUCUGUGGUCUCUGCCACGUCGCCCAGCGACCAAGACCAGCUUGUCGAAGAGCUUAGUACAUUGCAGGAAGGGGCCAUACUUGAGGAUGAAGGAAAAGCUGAGAAGCCAGAUGCCGUUCCUGCAACCGAACACGUCGAAGGGAAGGAGAAUGAUGCGGGAGAGGGAGCAGAUUUACCCACUACAAAGCAAGGAUGAAGGUAGCACGGAGAAGAAAGUGGGCGAAGGAGAGACCACCGCAGAAACCUCGGAAGACUGAGUCUGAAGUGGGUUAUGAGGAGGCUACGAGAGCUAAUCCAGGAUUUAUACGCUUAGCUAAAAUGAUAGAAAAUAACCCCUUUAAUCAGGAUAAUUCACUAGCUGCUGCUCUGCUUGUGCGGUGAUCCCUAUCUUUAUAUCACAUCUGGGUGUAUUGCACCUUUGAUCCUUGAUACAAACGCCACAAAGACAUUUAAAGGGCCAUUCCCGAAUUCCUUUUCCCUUUGCGGGUCUCUUAGGCGCAACCGCCCCAGCAACAUUUUUGUAUGUACAGUACGGUAUUGAGAGUAUUUACGUCUUCUACAUCGGCUGUUUCUGCUUAUUCCCUGCAAAGCAUCAAUUCUAUCUAACCUUCAUGGACUUCGCAUUGGCCUCCUCAAGUGGACUUUUUCCUCUGAUCCUCAACCGCAUUCCUUAGUAAUUUAAUUACAUGCCCAGGAUUCUGUGCAUGAAAUACAGCCGACCCAGCAACAAUCACGUUGGCCCCAGCGUCCGCCGCUAGUUUCACGGUGUCCUCUCCCAGACCCCCGUCGACUUGAAUGUUAAUCUUGGGAUACCGUGCUCGUAGCGCCCUGACCUUCUCCAAUUGAGACUCCAUGAACUUUUGUCCGCCAAAUCCGGGUCUCACGGUCAUGAUGAGAACCAUCUGUGGAGGAUUAUUGGUUAGUAUUAGAUCGAAAUGCCAGAGUCCAAUCGGAAACGGGCAAUUUUGGAUAUCGUACAAAGAGGUUAUUUAUUAUAUUUGUUAUGGCGGUAGCGAGUGGUUAUGGUAGACUCACAUCAGGUGUGUCCAAUUCAUCUUUCUGAUCAAGUAUAUCCCACAACACAUCAACGUCCGUCUCUGGCUUGAUAGCUAUACCAGCUCGCAUACCGCAAUCAUGGAUAUACCGAAUAAGCUCGGUGGGACUGGUGCGGCGCGUUGUGGAGUUAUCCAUUGGGUCUUUCGCGGCGGUUGACGCGACGGCUGCUUCAUAAUGGAAACAGUAUAAGUUGCAACCUGCUUUCUUGAACUCUUUCACCCAUUUCUGUGGCUAUGUGGGUGACAUCAUGCGCAGUAACAGGAGGGGGAUUUCAAUGCUGUUUUGGCGCUGGACACACAACCCUCCCCCGGCCGCCGUUUGUUGGGUGGCUGGGUGGGGGGUUGUGGGGCGCAGCAACCCCUCCUCUCUCGCAGCAGAUGAGUUAGCAAAUUAUUCUUUUCCAAUAAAAUUGGAUUGCAGGCUGCCUGUUUUCAUGGUAUCGUGAAUUAACAACAAAGCGGAAUUGAAACUAUUCAAACAGCCCUGGACCUAGCAACUGGCAAAUACAAUGGGAGGUUGGGGAAGCGCCUCCAAAGUCAAAUAUUACGCCCGCGCUCAUUGGAUACCGUCCAAUAUUGAGUCGAUAUAUGUUAAAAAUGAACAAAUAAAUGAAUAAUUAAUAAAAGCCAAUUCAAAGAAUAGGAAAAAGAAAAAUGAUAAUCCGAUAAAAAACACAACUCUGUGGUCAUCGAGAGAAACAGAUUACUCCACGGCUGAGGGGGAUUAUAGCAAACCAAAACUCACCUCUGCAAUCAUCAUAUGGCAAUCAAAGGUACCUUUCUCACAGUGUUUAUUAGGCUCGGCUACAUGUUUCCGGAUUUUGGUUACAACGGGCGGGCCAAAAGUGAUAUUGGGGACGAAAUGGCCAUCCAUGAUAUCCACAUGAAUCCAAUCACCUCCCCAGUCCAUCACAUCUGAACAUGCUGACCCAAGGGCGGCAAAAUCUGCCGAUAGAAUGGACGGAGCAAUGAUAGCUGGCGGCGUCAUGGUUGGAAGAGGAGGAGGAGGAGGAGGAGGGGAGGAGGGCGGACAGAUGGCGAAUGAGUGGGCUGGAAGAGAGGACAGAUGGACUCCUAUAGAACGAAUAUGGACGCGAGGAAGAAAAAUAAAUAAAUAAAUAAAUAAACUGAUCAAGGAAUCCUAGGCAGAGAAAUAGAGAGGUGAGAUGAUGCGAGUAGCAAGAACAAGUUAAGCUGACCUCGGGGAGGGGUAAAGCUCUCGCGGGCAAUAGAAGAGACAACCUAGGUAGUUAAUAGUUAAUUAAUAACUAACUAAGAAGAAGAAGAAGAAGAAGAAG